UUCUGACCGUCACCAGUUCGUCGUGGACUUCACGUCUCUCCCUGAAGCCGAGCGCGGAUCGGUCUAAUAACUUUUUUUCACGCGCGCACAGAUUCUCGUGACGCACUCAAGUGUCCGCGCGAGGCGGGCGUGCCUUCAUAUUCCUCUGGCGUGAGACGCAAACUCUCAAGGGCAACAAGUUAAGCGAACGGACGCGAUUAAGAACAAGCAACAAAAAGGGGAGACGCGGGGCGAGCGAGCGCGAGAAGGAUGAGGACCUUCCAGAGCCAGAGUCCGCCUGAGCAGCGCGGAGCCCCCCGCAGCGCCAUGAACCCCAGCGCGGCCGGCGUCACCCUCGCAGCCCUGCUCAUCCUCACCAUCCCAGUCUGCAACAGUGGACCAGCAGAAUUCGAGCAGUCCACAAAAGAUCAGAAGCAACUCCUCAGUCAGAUAGAUGCUGUGUGCUCAUCCUACCUCUCUGCAGACAUGAAGUUUUGGGCAUCUGACAUUUUAGGGGAACUCUGUGUCUUGAUGUUGGUUCAGAAGUCAAAGGAACUGAAAGUGCAAGAGAAUAGUAAAAGGAGCCCUGUCCCUGUGAUGCACCCUCUUCUUCAUCUAGUUUCUCAGCUCCACACCAGAAGAGAACGAGGACUCUCAGCGCGCGUAUGUACCACUCAUGCUGAACUGCAGGGACCUGCAGGAAUCCAGAGCAGAGGUUACUUCCUCUAUCGGCCACGAAAUGGAAGAAGAUCGUUAGAAUAUGAAUAAAUUAAAGAUCUCGAGACUCAAACCACUGCCCUAUGACUGAGGGACCAAACCACAGCCCUCUGACACUUCUGUAUAGUGAUGUAUACAAUGAAUGUACAUAAAAAAUGUGCAUUUUUCAGUUUUUAUUUUGUCUUGUAUGUGUGUUAUUUAAAUUAAAACUGCUAUAAUGUGAUUA